AUGGAAGAUGUGCCUUCCACGGUGGUCUGUCCGAUGUUAUCUUCAACGAACUACACGGUAUGGGUGAUGAGAAUGAAUGUGUUACUGCGAGUACACAAGGUUUGGGAAUCAAUUGAACCAGGAACAUGCGAUGAAGAGAAUAAGGAUAUCACUACUGCUUUCCUAUUCCAAUCGAUUCCAGAAAACCGAAUAUUGCAAGUUGGUGAAGUCGACUCCCCUAAAGAAAUCUGGGAAGCCGUGAAGUCAAGAAAUCUUGGUGCUGAACGCAUAAAAGAAGCUCAUCUUCAGACCUUGAUGAAUGAGUUUGGACGUCUAAGGAUGAAAGACACAAACUCAAAAGAUAUCUUUUCGGGCAAGAUAUCAAAAUUGGCCUCAAAAUCCGCAGCGUUAGGUCAAGCGAUGGAAGAACCUAAGCUGGUAAAGAAGUUCCUGAACAGUUUACCGCGAAGCAAGUAUAUUCAGAUCAUAGCCUCACUUGAACAAGUUCUUGAUCUGAAUAAAACGAGUUUCGAAGAUAUUGUUGGGAGACUCAAGGCGUAUGAAGAACGGAUUCAGGAAGAAGAUACACAAGAGCCGCAAGGGAACCUUCUGUACACGGACUCCAAUCAAUCAUACAACUCAAGAGGUAGAGGUAGAGGUUGGAAUCGUGGUCGAGGAAACAGAGGAAGAGGGCGCAACACACAAGAGAUAAGCAAAGGAAAGAAGGACUACUCUCAAAUUACGUGUUAUAGUUACAAGAAGAAAGGCCACUUCGCCUUUGAUUGUCCAGAGGAGGAACAAGACGACCAUGAGUUAAACAAAGCAGAUACAGAGGAAGCUGAUGUCGCUUUGUAUAUGCACGAGAUCGUGUUUCUCAACGAGGAGAAGGUUAUACCGAAGACACUGGUACAAAGCAAACGAGAAGGUGGAAUGUGGUACUUGGAUAAUGGAGCAAAUAACCAUAUAACGGGCGAGAGAUCAUACUUCUGUGAACUUAAUGAAAGCAUUAAAGGAAAGGUGAAGUUCGGAGAUGGUUCAUGUGUCGACAUCAAUGGCAAGGGGUCGAUACUAUUUGAAGCAAAGACAUGGGAACAUAGACUCUUGACCGACAUAUACUACAUUCCAGACCUAAAAAGCAACAUAUUAAGCUUGGGACAAGCUACUGAACAAGGAUGUGAUGUUAGGAUGAGGGAUAAUUACCUAACACUGAAAGACCCUAAUGGAAGACUAUUGGCGAAAGUGUUAAGGUCGCCUAACCGGAUGUACUAG